AUGCGUUUCCAAAGUAUUGCUCCAUUCGCUCUUGCAGCAGUUGUUGCUUCAGCACAAGACAACAGCACUGGUGGUAACCUUACCACCGGCGGAAACAUUACCUCGAGUACGAACGGAACUGUGCCCUUAGCCAACCAGCAGCUCAACUCGUUCUGGACUCUGCUUCAGCAGUUCAACUUGCUAGGCAGCGUCAGCAACGAGAGGAACGUCACCCUCCUCGCGCCUAGCAACGAGGCUUUGGCUCGCUUGAACACUUCCGGCGUUGCCAUCACCUCUGAGCUGGUCCAAGCCUUGAUCAACUACCAUACUUUGAACGGAACGAUCCUGUCAAGCAAUCUCAACAAUGUUACAUCUGCCUUCCCUCACACUCACUUGACCAACCCUGCCUUCUCCAACGUCACUGGAGGACAGGUUGUGGAAGGCAUUCUGAAGAACGGCACAGCCUACUUCUUCAGCGGCCUGAAGAACAAUGUUUCGGUUACCAGCGCCAAUCUCAACUUCACUGGAGGUGUAAUCCACAUUGUCGACGGCACCCUUACCAUCCCCGGAAACCUCACUUCUACCCUGACAAACUCCAACCUGACUGCGCUUGCUGGUGCGGCUCAGGAACUCAACUUGACAUCCACUCUCAGCAGCCUGCACGACGUCACUAUUUUUGCUCCUGACAACAGUGCUUUCCAAGCCGUUGGCGAUGCACUCGCUAACGCCUCCGUCACCGAGCUCAUCUCUGUUUUGGGCUACCACGUGGUGAACAACAGCGUCCUCUACAGCGCUGAUAUCCCCUCGGGCGAGACAACUGUUCCCACCUUCAUUGGUGCCAACUUGACCGUCCAGAACAUCAACGGUAGCUACUAUGUCAACAGCGCCAAGGUCAUCAACCCCGACAUCCUGUUCAGCGGUGGUGUCAUCCACGUCAUUGACAGAGUGCUCAACCCCAACAACACCGUCGCCCACAAUGCUUCCCAGACUGCCUCGUCGUCGAGCACUUCGCAAGCCUUCGCCGGUGUCACCACCAGAGCCUCGAACGUACCCUUCACCUCCGGCCAAGCCACACCCAGUUCGUCGAACCCUGCUCAGAGAAGUGCCACCACUGGUGCUCUUAGCUCCUCGACUGGUGCUGCCAACGCUUUUGCAACCAUCGGCGCUGCUGCUCUCUUCGGUGGUAUCGGUGCCGCCUUUGCUGGCUUCUAG